ACAGCAGCAGCUCCGGUGCUGACCCGGGAGCUGCGAGGGUGCCAGCCCAUGGCCGAGCCUGCCCUUCUCCUCACAGCCCAGAUGGAGAGGCUGGCCCCGGUGUCCCUGGCCUCACCGUGUCCCCGGAUCCCACGGGCCCGCAUCGCCAGGCGGCCGGGGUGCUAUGCCCGGCACUGGACUGACCUGGGCAGCAGGUCCACNGGCCCCUCCUCAGGCCCAGUGGGUCCGCUUCCCCAGAAGAACCCCCUGCAAGCACGCCCUGCCGAAUGCUCCCACUCCCGGCUGUCCUCGGCGGAGAGCUUGUCCAUGGAUGGCUUUUGGAUGGAGGUGGAGCGGAUCCAACAGAGGGAUGAGCUGAAAGCUGAGGAUGGCAGUGGGAGUGAAGGGCGGCUCCCAGAGGAAGGAGAAAUUGAAUCCCAGUGGCUACAGGACACAGGCCUAUCAGGACUCCUUGGUGGCCUGGGCUUGGACAGUCAUCACCAAGGGCUCCUGUCCACCCUUACGCAGACCCAGGUGGCUGCUGUGCGCCGCCGGCUGGAAAUCUACACCCGUUCAGUCCGAAGACGCCACAAGGCGCCUGUCAGAGACGUCAGGGACAUCUUUGGAGGCUUCAAUUCAGGGGAGAUGCCUUCAGAGAAUGGGGACUCGGGUAUGAAAUGGACCCAGCUCAAUUCCGGGACUCCUACGUCUCCUCCAGCAGCAGCAAAGCCUGAGGGGCCGCAGGCGCAGGCUGGGCGGGAGGAAGUCUUCCACAUGGACUCUGCCUACUCGGAACAAGCUGUGCUGCUCCUGCAGAGGGGCGGGCCGCCCCUGAGAGGCACCUGUGCCUGGAGCAAGGGCUCCCUGCCGGUGAACUCUUUCUCUGAAUUCUAUACCUACCAUAUCUUCUCCCUGGAGACCCUGACUCCAGACCUCCCCCACCUGAAGCAGCGCUUGCAGGCCCUCCACCUGUUGAUCCUGGUCCUGCCAGAGCCCAACCGAAAUGCCCUGAAGGCACUGCUGGAAUUCCUGAGAAAGGUGGUAGCCCGAGAACAGAGCAACAAGAUGACUCUGUGGAACGUUUCCACAGUGAUGGCCCCUAAUCUCUUCCUGCACCGCGGGCAGCCCCCCAAGCUCCCCAAGGGCAAGCAGAAGCAGCUGGCAGAGGGGGCGGCUGAGGUGGUGCAGAUGAUGGUGCUUUACCAGGACCUGCUUUGGACGCUUUCCAUAGAAACCCGCCUUUUCGGCGUGCCCCUUGAAGCCCUGCUGGAAGCCGACCGCAAAGCCCUCCCCAGCACCCAGGUCCCGCUGGUCCUUCAAGCUCUGUUGUCCUGUUUGGAAAAGCGAGGGCUGGACACAGAAGGCAUUCUCAGGGUGCCUGGAUCCCAGGCCAGGGUCAAGGGACUGGAACAAAAGCUGGAGAGAGAUUUCUACGCUGGCCUGUUUAGCUGGGACGAGGUUCGCCACAAUGAUGCGUCCGAUUUGCUCAAAAGGUUCAUCCGGGAGCUACCGACGCCCCUGCUCACUGCUGAGUACCUCCCGGCCUUCGCUGUGGUGCCCAAUUUUAUAUUUUCUGGCCAGGUCGCCUCUUUCUUGGUCGCCCAGGUGCGAAAACUGAACGACAGCAGUAGCCGGCGCCCCCAGCUCUGCGACGGGGGACUCAAGACCUGGCUGCGAAGGAUACACGCAGACAGGGACAAGUCAGGGGAUCGACCCGAGGCGACUCGCAAAGUGGCAAGGAUCCAGGUGGCCUGGCCUGUCAAAGAUCCCCUGGAGGUGCCCCUGACCCCCAGCACCAAAGUAGCCCAUGUCCUCAGGAAGUGCACAGAGUGCCUCAGCCCUGGUUUACAAGGUCAAGAGGGCAGCGAGGACAAGGACAGCUUCUUCCCCUGCAGGUCCAUGAAGUCAACCAACAUCAUCCUCUACGAAGUUGGAGGGAAUAUCAGUGAGCAUCGCCUGGACCCAGAUACCUACCUCUUAGAUCUGUACCGCGCCAAUCCCCUUGGCGAGUGGGUCAUUAAACAGAGCCCCACCUAAGCCCUGGACUCUAAGGAGCAGCCCUGGAUGCCACACCUCCGCCCCCUGCGGGCUCUGGGCUCCCUACGGGUGUGCCAGGGGGGAGCACAGCUGCUUAAGGAGAAGGCCUAGGCCUUCCUCCAAGGCGCCUUCUCCUCUGAAAUGCCUCUCAGGUCCCGAGAAGGACUAGCAGCUGGGGCCGUCUCCUUCCUGCAGAGCCCUCACCCUAUGCACUCCACGGCCAUCACGAUGGCCCUACCUACACGACGUUUGCUGCAUGACAGCACCACGUGGGGCCUUGGAACGCCACGGAUUUUUAUUGGUGAUUUCCAGCCCUAAGGAGAAUAAAAUAUACAGCACCUCUAUCAAGAGGCAGGGUUUUUUUCCCCCAGGGAAAAUUACUUUAAAGCAAUGUGUAGUGGGACAGCCCUCAGGAGAAAGCUGGAAGAGCUCUGUGGCCUUGGGCACGCCCCUUGUCCUCUCAGAAACCCCCUUGAAGAUGAAUGGGUUGGACCUCAGGACAGAAAGCAAACGCCUGGCCCUGAAACAGAGCCGGGAAAACAGAAGAGGAAAAACCUCCCUUCACGGUUCUUAUAUGUUCAAUGUUGCUUCGUACAAUCUUGUCAUUUUGUAAUAUGAUAUUUAAAUUCUGUUUGAACAUU